UUUCCACAGAACUUCAUGGAGUGUUAUUUAAUCUGUAGCAGGCUGUGAAUUGAUUUCCAUUUAAAUAUGAACGUAUUGUUAACGUAGCUAUGUUUGAGUAGUUCAAGAAAAAUCUACAUUGGUUCAUUGCAUUGUCUUUAAUUCCAACUUCUGAGACGGGUGUCUUCUCAAAGGUUGAUGUAUCGCGUAUCUAAGACACACGAUAUGCGUUAUACACGUGAUCACGUGACCUGUGCCGUCAACAAUAAAGUAGGAAGAGACACUGCUGAUGUCAUUGUGAGGAGGAGAGCGAUAGAGAAAGAUGGCGUUUAUAGCCAAGACUUUUUAUGAUCUGCGUGCGACUAAGCUGGAAGGGGAAACGGUAGAUUUCAAUAUCUUCAGAGGAAGAGUGGUGUUAAUUGAAAAUGUGGCGUCACUUUGAGGGACGAACCGGGACUAUAACCAGCUUAAUGAGCUCCAGAGCAGGUACCCUCACCGGCUUGUGGUCCUGGCCUUUCCCUGCAACCAGUUUGGAUACCAGGAGAACUGUUCUGAUGCUGAAAUUCUUAAUUCCUUGAAAUAUGUGCGUCCAGGUGAAGGGUACAAGCCUGCAUUCACCAUAUUUCAGAAGUGCGUUGUUAAUGGGAGUGAUACGCAUCCCGUCUUUUCUUACUUGAAAGACAAGCUUCCGUACCCAGACGAUGACCCUAUGUCAUUCAUGCAGGACCCCAAAUAUCUUGUCUGGAAUCCCAUCAGUCGGAAUGAUAUUUCAUGGAAUUUUGAAAAAUUUCUAAUUGGACCGGAGGGUGAGCCCUUCAAGAGAUACAGCAAAACGUUUCAGACUAUCGAUAUCGAACCGGACAUUCAACGACUCCUAAAGCUGACUAAGAACUAA